AUGGUGGAUGCGGACGUGUACUUCGGCGAUGACUUUGGCCAGAAGAUCGACCUCACCGUGCGCAUUCGCGAGAUCCUGCGCAACUAUCCCGAGGGCACGUCCAUCUUCAAGGAAAUGGUGCAGAACGCCGACGAUGCCGGUGCUACAGAUGUGAACUUGUGUCUGGACUAUCGCCAGCACGCCGCGACGGGUCUCGCGUAUGAGAAGCUCGCAUCUUUCCAAGGUCCGUCGUUGCUGGUUCACAACAACGCCACGUUCAGUGCUGCCGACUUUCAGUCGAUUCAGCGCAUUGGAGACUCACUUAAAAAAGACAACUCGAAAGGGUGGAAGACUGGGCGCUUUGGUGUCGGCUUUAACUCCGUGUAUCACGUGACUGAUCUGCCCACGUUCGUGAGCGGCUCGCAGCUAGUUUUCUUCGACCCUCAGGCUUGCCACUUACCAAACGUCAACCCAAGUAACCCUGGAAAGAUGAUUGACUACAUCGCGCAUCCUGAUCUGGUGGACAACUUUCCUGCUCAAAUCGACCCGUUCCGAUGCUUUGGGUGCAACUUUUCGGAGUCCUUCGCGGGGACGAUUUUUCGACUUGCACUACGAACCGAAGAGCAAGCACAGCAAAGCAAGCUCUCGAAUCGCGCUCAAACGCCGGCAAAAAUGGCAGAAAUGCUAAAGGAGUUUGCUGACAGCUUGCCGACCGUGUUGCUGUUCUUGCGCAAUGUGUGCAAGAUAUCGAUAUGGGAAUGGAGAGCUGGAGAGGAUUCUCCCGCUGUUUUACACGAAGCUUUGAUCACCAAUAUGACGUCAGACAUAAAAGCAAAGCGCUCGCUGCAACAUACAAGUCUGGGUUCAAGUCGACAACUUGCCACCCAGCGGUUCUCAGCUGAUGGAAUCGUUUGCGACUACCCCCUGAAAAUUGAAGCUCGACACUGCACCGCAAGUUUGACGAAGGAAUACAUGAUCAUGAAUCAGCUUGGUGGUGGAGACUGCACCAAAAUCGCAUGCGAUCUAGCCAAUGCAAGUCAGCGCCUUGUUCCGUGGGGUGGUGUAGCUGUUUCAACGACUGCUGAUUCCGCAAAUACUGCUAUAUCUGGCCUUGCAUUUUGUUUCUUACCGCUGCCGACGCAUACGUAUUUGCCUGUGCACGUGAACGGAUACUUCGAACUCUCGUCUAACCGUCGAGACAUUUGGUUUGGUGAGGGUCUAAGUGGAGACGGGUUGCUUCGUGCACAGUGGAACAUUGCCUUGCUUCGUGAUGUGAUUGCGCCAUGCUAUGCUCGAGCUGUAUUGCACCUGGCGAACAAUCAAGUUAUGGAGCCUGAUCAGCACGUCCAGCUACUACCACAAGCGCUCCCACCAGCGCCCUGGGACUCCCUGACGUACGCCUUUUUGUCGUUAAUUCGUAAUAAGCCGUGUUUGUACAGUGAAGUUGGAGACGGACAGUGGGUGUCUCCUUUAGAGAGCAUGGUGAUUCGCAGCAGCUACUCGAACUCGAAGCACCUAGAGCAACUACUCAUUGAUGACGGUUUCCCGGUUGUUCGGAACUUGGCUGAAGAUCGUGAGCGUGUGUUGGUGAAAACCGGAACUGUCCCGUCGUACGUUGAACCACAAACCGUACGGAAGGCAUACAAAGCCAAACAUUCUAGCCAUGCGAGUAACCACGACGCAGUCAAGUGCUUGUUAAGCUUUAUGCUGAGUGACUUGGAGCCUGACUGCGUAAAUGCACUUGUCGGUGUCAAAUUUCUCCCGGUGGCAGAUGGAACUCUUCAAGUGUUUGAGAAUCGCUCCAAAUCUGAUCAUAAUGAACUCGAGUACCUGUGCUCCAUGGGGUUUACACGACAGCAUGCAGUGUUUGCACUAGCAGUCGCGGGGGAUAAUGGUGUGGAAACGGCGCUUAACUGGUUGUUGCAGAAUCCGAAUCCGUCGAGUGUAAGUGGAGAAGGAGCCAAUUGCACCUUUUACAUCCCAAGUCGUGAAGAACUGGAAUUGCUGGAGAAAGCACGUGGUCACUUAGUGAAUAUCGAAGCUAUAGGUGCAGAUGAACUAAAGCUUCUGUCAUCGGAAGUGGCGCAGAAGCAGCUUAACGUGCAAAAGCUGGAUUAUCAAGGCUUUGAAGAUAUGCUAGCAGUGGUGUUGCCUGCUGCGUGGUUUGGAAAGCUGCUAGUUCCUUGGAAUGGAGCAAAUGACGGCGAUGAACCAAGUGAGAAAUGGUUUCGGCAGCUCUGGAAAUACAUUGGUACGAGCAAGCACCUUUCCUCGUUUAAGGAUAAGUGGCCGAUCGUGCCAACAUCUUUGCACAAACUGGCGCAGUUGAGUGCUUCAGCAGGUGUGUUGAGUGCCGAGCUAAUUCCUGAGAGCUGCCUCCUGUGUUUGGAAAAGAUACAAGUGCGUCUUCUUCUGCCCAACCUGUUUGCAUCUUUUCAACCAAACCCGGAGGUAUGGCAGUAUAUUCACCAGCCAACUCCUGCCGGUGUACUGUCGUGCAUUGGAGUGGCCUUGGGCGACGGAGGCUUGGCAGUACCAGCUCAAGUGAAGGCAUUGUUCGAACGCACUGAGAGGUCCGACAGGGAGAACCUGCUUAAGUUUCUAAUGUCUGGGAAUAUCGAAGACAUCGGCGCGAACCACAAGCAAAUCGGCUGCAAGUUGCCCAUUUUUCCAGGUUUCCGAUCCGUCGCGCGUCUUGAAGAACGAGACACGCAGUGGACGAGCAGCGACGAAGAGGCGGGUGACGUGGACAGUGGGUUUUCUCCUGUAUUUGUGUCACUGGCGGAGAUUGAGGAGCAACACCACGAACCUCUGCUAUGCGUGGGCAUGACUCCGAAAUUCUUGGACGACAAGUUUGUUUUUGUGAAAGAAGGAGACACAGUACUGGCGAAAUUCCUGGCGCACUUGGGCGUUCGACGAAUUUCUAAAGUGGAGUUUUUUGCAAAGUACCUGAUUCCUCGUUUCAAUCACAUCAAGCCCGAAGCUCGCGUAAAAUUUGUGUACCAGUUACUGGUGGAACUGACUUCUUUACUCGCACAGGAUCAUGACGGCAUUUUGUCAAGUAUCCUCGACACUGCAACGAUUUUCCCGACAAUGACGGGAGAUCUGAAGUGCAUUGACGACUUGUACGACCCAGAGAUUGACGAGUUUAUGGAUAUCAUGGACGACUCCUUUUUCCCAGCGCUUGAGCUUCAAGAUCCGCAGCCACUGUCUGCGCUAAGGUCUAUUGGACUUCAGCGUGCGUUGUCUCGACGAUCAAUUCUGUCGCUUGCGGUGUCAUUAGAAAACGACCAAAUGAGGAUCGCAAGUGGCAGCGCUGGACUGAAAGACGACGAUGAAAUGUGCGAGAAGCUACGCUCUCGUUCCAUUAAAUUCUUCCAGUACGUCGACACGCACAUGGACCAGCUGGUAACUCCAACAUCACUUCAGCGAAAGCCCCACAUGCUUGCAAAGAAAAGCAAAAAGAGCAAGGGAAUGCGCUUUUUGCGAAAUUUCAUAGGUGAUGAUCGCCUACGCGGACUUGACGCACUGCAUGGCAACAACGCGCUACCUGCCGAAGAGCUGGAGGGUCAAGCAAUGGAGAAAGCAGAAAUUGAAGAUUUUAAGGCGAAAUUGGCGAUUAUCGUGUGGAUCCCAGUGUGUGAGGAGAAACCGCACCCCGCAGCGCCAUGGUACAAACAAGGGGAACGAAUUAUCGUCGCGUCGUCGCAGCAAUCUCGGCCGACAAAGCAAUUGUGGCUUUGUUCAUCUCAGUUCCACAUCAUAAAGUGCACGGUGCAUUCAGAAGUCCUGCGAGGUGUGCUGGGGUGGGAUAAGCUUGUGCCAGUUGAGACGAUCGCUGCCCAGCUAAAGAAGAUCUCGCUACUCUUUGACAGCCAACGAGUGCAGGAUGAGGGAGAACUGAAAUCUGGCGCUGACAGCGACACUCACGUGAUUUGGUCUGCGGUGUACAACAUUUACCAGGUGUUAUCGGUAUUUUUUGAGACUGAGAUGGGAGACCGCCGGAGCCAGGUGCUAGCGAUUUUGGCAGGGAACGGCAAGUACGUAUGGGUUGGUGACCGCUUUGUGUCGGCCAACCACGUGGCCAACGUGGCUGUUGUGAACGCAGAACCCUAUUUGUACACGGUUCCGAAUGAGCUACUUCAUUUCCGGCCUUUCUUACGAGCGAUUGGUGUCCGAGAAAGGUUCGCACUGGCAGAUUAUGUGCACGUUCUCGGGUCAAUGUACAAGGAGUGCUCAAGUGUGGUGACAUCAGAAGACGGGGGCACGAAGAAUGCCCCUCUCUCGGGUGAUAAACUGACAACGGCGAUCGGAUUAAUUCAGUUGAUCAGUGACACGCUCCAACACCACUCCGAUUAUGAGUUGUUCGCCCCGGACCGAGAUGGAGUGCUUGAGUUCGCAGCAAGUUUGACGUUUGACGACGCUCCUUGGCUGAAUGAACGCGAUUACGAGACGUCUUCGGGGUCCACUCGAUUUAUUCACCCCAAAAUUUCCAACGAAGUCGCUGCAAAAAUCGGAUGUCGGUCUUUACGCAACCAGUUGUUGCAUGAGAGCGGCCACGAAGCUAUGUCUUUUGGAGAUGUCGAGGCGUUUGGCCAAACAGAAGCGCUGACAAAGCGAAUUGCGCACAUUCUCGAGCAGUAUCCGGAUGGACCGAAUAUUAUCAGUGAACUCAUUCAAAACGCUGAUGAUGCCGGUGCUACUCGUGUCGCUGUAUUGUACAACGGCUUGAUGUUUGAUCCGCAUGCCACCCACCUGCCUGGCAUAUCCGCUGUGAACCCAGGGAUCAAGAUUCGUUUCGCAAAUGCAAGCAUCGUGAAGCAAUUCCCGGACCAGUUUGCGCCAUUCAAGGGUGUCUUUGGAUGCGACCUAGAACACCAUUACAAGGGCACCUUGUUCCGCUUCCCGCUCCGUGAUAGCUCUCUUGCAGAAAGCAGCGAAAUCAAGCGUCGAGGCUACUCGCACCGCGAAAUUGCGGAAUUAUUCAAAAGUUUCCAGGCGUCAAUUAUUGACACAUUGUUGUUCCUGCGGAACGUCCGCAAGGUGGAAGUUUACUUUCAACCCGAGAUCGACCAACCACCCGUACUUUUGUACGAUGCAGAAGUGCCCGAAGAAGAUCGAGGCGAAUCAUGGCGGGAGAUUGAUCGAUUUAUGCGCAAUACUGGAAAAGUACCUGGUGCGACGGAGUUGUCCGCUAAAAGAGAGUUUUACACCCGCUUGCGCUCCACACCGACCGAGGAACUUCCCUCUGUGAAGCAGGUGCUCCACAUUCGGCGGCGACAGCAAAAGGAACUUAAAGAAUCGUUUCGUCGCUUCGAUAUAGCAACGUCCCAGCACGAAGCAGAGGUGGAACUGGAUGAUCAGAUGGAGGAGACUAGUGAGAAGUACUUGGUAUGUAACCAAAUUGGUGGUGGGAAGGCGCGUGAUAUGGCUUGUGCUGCGGAAAACGAGUCCUUAAAGCUGAUCCCAUGGGUGGGUAUUGCCAGUCGUAUCGAUGGAGUGCCGACGGAAGGGCGUGCCUUCUGCUUUUUGCCGCUUCCUGUUCGUGUUGGCUUACCUGUCCACGUUAAUGGCUACUUUGAGUUAUCGUCGAAUCGCCGUGACAUUUGGACUGGAGACGACAUGAGUGGAGAUGGAAAGUUGCGCUCAGAAUGGAACGCAAACUUGUUGGUGGAUGCUGUCGCACCUGCGUAUUUGGCCUUCCUACUGGAAGCGAAAGCUAUGAGCCAGGGAGAUGCCUCUCAGUAUUUGACGUUUUUCCCGACGAAUCUCCCUGCCAGUCCCUGGGACAGCGUUGUGCUCGAACUCUUCCGCAUUAUGAAGAACAAGCCGAUGUUCUUUACGUCACCGAGCCAGGUGAUGGGUAAUGCACUCGUGGAGGGCCCCAGGAAAUCAGUUGCUCCAGGGUCAUGUGUCUUGAUAGACGACAGUCUGAGUGACUGGGAAAUACUCGAGGCUGCACUGAGUACAGUGUCUCUAUCGACGGUGUAUUUGCCUGUGGCUCUGCGCAAUUUGCUGGUUCAGCUAAAUACUGUUCAUGGAGCGAUGACGCCUGGCUUUUUCCGGCAACUGACACGAACGGGAGAUUUCCUACCCGUCUUGAAUCAAGAUGGCCUCAAGCGAGUUAUUCAACUCUGCGUGUCGGAUUGCCUAGGCCCUUCUAAUCUCCUUGCGGCUCAAUCUCUCAACCAACUGCCGUUGCUGCCUUUAAAGAACGGGAAGUUUGAAAGACUCUGCUUCACAGACACGAAUAACGACGUGAAUUCGAGCAGGAAGCAACAGCCGACCUUCUUCUUUGUAAAUGCGAUGGAGGAACAACUUUUGGCAGACUUUCAGCAUCGUGUGGUGCGUGGAGAGUUUAAGGAGCUGUUCGAUCAACUACCUGCAGUGUACGAGAACUCAAAUCUCGGUGUGGUGAAUCUCGAAACCAUAUUGGAGAGUUUCUUGCCUCACGUAUUGGGUCGUUGCUGGAGCAAAGUUCAGAAGGAUGUGUUUACUCUAACGUCGCCUUCAGGACUGGAGAAUAUUCAAGCCAAAAAGGACUGGAUCCGCUUACUUUGGACGUAUGUGGAGACUCAGCUACAAACGCUUGAACAACUGCCCCAAGAACUUAUGAAGUGGCCGUUGAUUCCCACCGUUGGUGACGGGGACAACCAAUGGGUUUGCCUGUCUGCAAAUGCCAGUCUCGUUUUCCCUCACUCGGAAGCGUCUCUGCUGUCAUCGGAAUUACUCUCUCAACUGCAACAUGUAUUGGCGAAGGUUGGUGUUCACAUUGUGGAUACGUCGUAUGUGAACGGUGAAAGGAGCAUGCAGUGGCUGUUGGCGCCUACCGAGCGGCAGGUGCUGUGCGACUUCUUCGCUCAGAACACGUUUGACACUGUGUCAAAUGACUUGCAUCCGAUUUUGUUCGAACUCCCGAUUUUCCCCGUGUACACGAAAGCCAUUUCCACUGCAGCAAGCGCCCGAGAUGACGACAGUAUGCAGUUCGUGAGCCUAAGACGAGGAGGUUACUUACCAGAUGCAAAUGCGGACAGCAGAAUUCUUGACGACUCAUUUUUUUGUGCCAAAAAGGAGGCGUUGAGGAGAUUCCUGCGAGACUACGGGAUUGAUGAGUGGACCGACACGAGGAUUCUGCUGGAGUAUGUUUUCCCUCGGCUCGAGGAACUAGAGAAACGAGAUGGGGAUUUAGUUGAUUCCGUAAUUGUUGGUGCACUGGAGACACUCUCGUAUCACCAGCGAAACAACUCACGCUUUCGUGAUGUUAUUACAACGCAAGCUAUCAUCCCGUCCAGGAAGCGAGUGUUUCGAGAAGUCCACCAGCUUCAUGAUCCAAGUGUGAGUGAGCUGAGUGAAUUAGUGGGGGAAAACAGUCUCCCAGCUCAAGCGUUCUCCACACCAGCGAUGGUUCCGAUCCUGCGGUCGCUGGGUCUUCGUACUGGACUUUCCUGCCAUGCUGUGCUGGAAAGUGCGCGUUCUAUUGAGACGAUGUAUGCAGAAAGCAGUGCCGACUCAGUCGACCAGGCGCGCCUCAAGUCUCACAGCUUGCUAUCGAUUGUGAACAAACACUUUGAUUUGAUGAUGUCCGAGUCAACUUCAAAUGAUUCCGUGACUGAUCAAGAAGGCAACAGCGAUAAACGAGCUAUGCAAGAUAUUGUGGCGGAACUGAAAGAAGUGAAAUGGCUACCUGUUCGGCUAGAACCACCCGACCCUGCAAUGCCAUGGAAAAAUCCAACCGAAAGUGGCGAUCAGCGAGUUAGUCUGUCCAAUGCAUCCAAGAUGCGCCCACUAAAAGAUGCAUGGCGCUGUUCGUCUUCUAUGGAUAUCCUGGAUGGAGAGCUUACGUCGGAAGAACUCAUCGGCGCGUUCGGGUGGAAGGAGCCGGUCGACGCUUAUGUGAUAGCGAAACAACUCGAGGCUAUUGGCUUGCAAUGGGAGGAGUACUGUGGCGUAAAGGAUGCUGAAGUGACCUCUACUUCGCCCAGUUGGCGCUUUCCAUUAUCGGAAGUCCAUCUCAUGUAUGAGGAGCUGGAAACCUAUCGACUAUCGGACGAAGAGGGCUGGAAGACGUCGUCUGUGCAUCGCAAGCUGGCAAAUGCUCUUUGGAUCUGGACCGGUAAAGGUUUUGCUUAUCCGUGUCAAAUAGCUGUGGAGGCUGACCCCGCGUUGGAGCCUCUGCUGUACUCCUGUCCGAGCGAGCAUAUUAUCCCACGGUCGCUUCUUGCUUCCUUUGGGCUAAAGAACGAUUUUGAUACUGUUGAUUACCUGGAAGCGAUCAUGAGACUGCCGCGAAAUGUUGUUUUGAACGGGAAGCAAGUGGCGGCGUGUUUGAUAAUUUACGAAACUAUCGCGGACGACACGCCGACAUUAGAGUCAUCCCUUGGCUCGUUCAUAUCACAAGAAAUGGUGUUGCUGGAUCAGUCUAAUCGGCUUGUUUCUGCCGUGCAGUUGAUAUUUGACGACAUGGAAUGGAACGAAUCACGAGAAGUUCGGCGAGGAGCGACUUUCGUAUCGAAUAAGGUUCCUAAAACAGUAGCAGGACUGCUGGGUGCUGCUUCGUUGCACUCCACAUUAGCACAGACAUCAGUCACCAGUCGGCGUGUUGUGUGUCCACCCGCUGAUGCCAUAAAGAGCGUGUUGCCUCUUCGGUCAGAAUGGCACCACACACUCCUUUGGGAAACGAUUCUUGCAGCAGAGCGACUUGGUGGUACACAAGUAGACUUCUUCCUGGAUAGCCGACAUCACUCGUCGCAGCGUGUGAUCCAGCCGUCUCUGCAACCACUGCAAGAUGAGGCACUGUGCAUCCACAUCCACGACCUUGUGCUGAGCGAAAGCGACAUAAACAACCUGUUCCAAGGAGAUUCUUCGCGCGCGGGGCUUCUCUGUGGCUUCGCCGUGUCCGACUGCAUGCAGAUUCUCAGUGGAGAGGGGUUUUACGUGCUGGAUCCGACGGGCUGUUAUCUGACCUCAUCAACUGGGACAACUACAGCCUCAACGCCAGCCUCAGGUCGGAUGACAAGUGUCGGUCGACGAUAUGAAGUGCUGAGCCAAGACUUCGUACGAUAUCCCGAUCAGCUGCUACCAUUUACCACCCUUCCUUCGUGUCCUAGUAACGUGUCGCAAGGAACGCAGAGUACGCUAAUUCGGUAUCCCUGGCGCAAGUCUGCGUCAGCUGUGUCAGCCUAUGUACUGGAUACGAGGGAAGCAGACAAAUUGGUUGUAUUCUUGAAGUCACAGCUAUUCCAAACGCUGAUUUUUACCGAGUGCGUGCACCGUAUUUCGCUUUGGAGUGUGGGCAAGGGAUCCGAGUUUGCAUCCCAUUGCCAUGGCGAAGUGUAUCUGGAUGCACCUGAACGUACGAUUCGAAAACGCAACAUGACACGGCAAAACCAAGAGUGGAAGAAGAGGUUUUCGCUGCAAAGCUUCUUCAAAACUCCACAGAUCCCUGAAAAUCAAAUGGAGUUCGUGGUGAACCUGGAAUUGGAGAAUCGGCAGCAUCGCGACACUUGGUUGUUUGCAGACAACAUCGGAUGGGGAAGAAGUCGCGAUCUGGCGUGCACUCCUGUCCAUGAAAUGCUCCACUCGUUGCCGUACGUGACUGUAGCGUGUCACAUCUUUCGCGAUGGUAAGCCAGCUCCUCGACUUCGCGGUCAUGUGUACAAAAUCGUGGACACAAAACAAAAGGUGGGCCUUCCAGUCCACAUCAAUGGCUGCUUUAAGAAGUCAAUUAAAGACAAGCAACUGGCACUGACUGCACCAAACCAAUCGGGUCGAGAAGAUGAUUCUGGUGGUGCAAGUGGCAGCGAGCUACAGGUUGCAGCUGGAUGGAACCGCAUUCUACUAGAAGAUGGUGCCUCCGACGCGUACGCGAAGCUUCUGAUGGUUGCAAGGCGGCGCUACGAAAGCUCUUUCCCCAGAGCACUUUACAAAAUAUGGCCCACGUUACAACAGAGAGGUGACAAACAGCUCGGCGCUCUAGUGCAGACGCACACGUACCAUUCGGUAGGGACACGGGAGCUGUUCCUUUGUACUGACGGCGCCUUCCGCGCACUGAGUAGCGGCUACCAGCUUGAUCUGAGUGGCAUGAAUAUUCAGGUGGCCUCGUUUGCUCAGCUGCACUUCCCAGCGUUUAACGUGCCAGCUAGAAUUCUGCAGGAUUGCUCUCGGCUUUUGCCGUCGCGUAUUUACGCCGUUACUCCAAGAGUUAUGCGACGCUUUUUGAGAAGUGUGAGCAGCUCGGAGGUCCUCUCCGAUGUCUGCCUAUCCCUGUUCGAGUAUUGUCUGAGCGAUUUGCCAUUCCCGUUGCCAAGUGAAGCGGAUCCAAUUUGGACGGAGUUUCACGGACUGUCGCUGCUACCGCUAGAGGAUGGAAGCAUUGGUGUGCUUCGGUUGAAUCAGCGCCGAACGAGCUACAUUCUAGGGUCGUUCAACCAGAUUGAGUUGCUUCGGCCUCUUGGGCACAUGUUUGUGUCUCUAGCGGCAUGCCAAAGACUGCACAAGUAUUUCUCGGAGACUCGGUUCACCUCCAUCUUUGGAGUGGCUUCCUUUUCCAUCAAGACCCUGGCGGAUAAUAUUGAGCGUGUGCUACCCUCGUACUGGAAAAACCAACCAGUUGUUGACUGGGAUCCUACGUCGUCGGUUGAUCAGUUGUGGCUAUAUCGCUUCUGGCAGGUAGUGCACUUUGAGCGCCGAUCUUUGGAGUAUUUUGCAAGCUGGCCGUUGAUUCCGGUGAAGGGAUCACGAUUGGUUUCUUGCGCUAAGAUGGAUAAGGCUGUAUGCGUCUGGGACGGCUCAGCAGAUAGCGAAAUAUCAGCGCAAGUGGCCGAGGCGUUUGAGGCUUCUACUACGGAGCAAGAUAGGAAAAUGGCUGGCAUGGAAGCUGAGCGCAAGCGGUUGAUGGAGCUCAGCUCUGAGAAACGCAAAAAGGACGAUGAACUAGCUGAUGAUAGUUCGGAUGACGACCGAAGUGGAGAAGUGGAUGAAGACAGCGACAAUGCGUCCAUUUCUGGUGAUGAAGAGUCAUCUGGAGGCGGUGUUACCGUCGAGGUGGAAGAUAUUCCAUCUCCAUUAAGAGAACGCAAGUCGAGUAUAAGAGACGUGGAAAGCGACGAUGGUGGCGAAGCAACACCUCUAUCUCCUGGUUCAUUGCUAGUGGCGCUAGAGAAUAUCAGCGACUACGAAGACGACGCUGAGAAUCUUGAGAGUGGUGACAUUAGUGAAGGCUUCGCAGUCCCCGUGUAUCCAGUUGAGGAUGAAUCACACGAGUUCUGUAGUCGUGAGACGCUUCAUAACGUUCUGUUGGAGCUGAAUGUGUCAAUGAUGGAGCUCGCGUAUCUCGGAGGUCAGGAGCGUGAUAUCGUGCCACGUUCUGCUGAAGUGGGCUUGGUAGUUCUGGACGGAAUUUUUGCCUCAGCUUGGGAAGAGCUUGCGUGGGAAGCGCUAACUGAAGCACGUGCUGUGCUUAUCGCCGAGUUUUUCGCGCACAACGGCGAGACCAAUGGAGGCUACAACCGCGUCCAACUGGAAAAGCUGAAACAACUGCCAAUUUUCGUGAAUGUCCGUGACGAACCCUGUGCGAUUCAUGGUGGACAGGAUUUCUAUUUAAUCCCACCGGAUCUGAACUUGACGGACAUCCCGUUGUCUCCUGAUGCCCAGCAGUGCUUUCUCAAGAGUAAUCCUCGCCUUAAUGGGCUCUACAAGGAGCUCGGGGUGGAUGAAAUGAGUGACAGCAAGCUCCUGAUCUACAUUCUUCCGAUGUUCAAUGAACUGCUCGAGUCCCAGCGGGACCAGGUGAUGCACAUUGUUCUACGGAAAUGGCAGUCGCUUCGUGGUAAUGCAGAGUUGACGGCUUUACUGAAGAUAUCGGCUCUGUUCCGCGACACCGAAAGUGAAGACGCAAGCUAUCGCCCCGCCGAUGCUUACUGCGACCCUCGAAACAAGGUACUGGCCACAAUUUAUGCUAGUGCUCGCGGACAGUUUCCAGCCCAGCGCUAUCGCACGCCCGAGUGGCUGGAUCUGAUGGGUGAGAUUGGUCUGCAAACUGAAGUUACCGUCGACAUUUUCGUGGAGUGUGCGCAACGCAUCGACGGACAGUUCUCGGGCAAACAGGCCUUGACACCUGAAGACGAGCAUCUCAUCACAACAUUGCACGAAUUUUUCGUCCAGAAUUUCGACAGGUUUGAUCGAGCUCGGUCAUUUUUCGAGAGAAUAACGUCGUUAGCAUUCGUCCCAGCGGUUGUGUAUGAGACCAUAUCGGAGUCGUCGAAUGGAGCUGCAGUCGAUUCUCAGAAGCGUGAAGGGCAGUUUACGUCGCGCUCGGUUGUCCGCAAGUACUCGGACUGUGCCACUCCAGAUGACCAGGCGUUAGUGUACUCAACUAUGCCGAUUCUGGCAAACGUGGCGCUACCACCGCGAGUACUUUACAGUCGUCUGGGAAUUAAGUCUCCACCUCCUCAGGAUCAAGUCGUGAGGCACCUGAUGACUGUUACGAAUGCCGAUCGUGCUAUGUCGUCUCGGUCGCUAGACUGGCAGUUCUUUUUGCCCAUGGUCGAGGUGUUCCAAUCAAUUUUUAAAUUUCUACAGGAGAACUGGGGAGAACUACGUGUGGAGACUCAGCAACGUCUCGCGAAUGCGGCAGUCAUCCCAGUCGGUUCGACUCUGGUGAAGGGCUCUCGUCUAUUCUUUCACUUGGGCGAGAACCUGGCUCCGCUAAUGUUCGAAGUACCACGAGUAUUUGGCGCGUACGACACGCUUUUCCGACACAUGGGCUCGAAAGAAGCCCCCGAAGUGGGCGACUACAUCCGGCUGCUACGAGAUCUGAAGGAAGAAUGCUGCGGUCACCCGCUCAACUUGAAUGAACUGAUCGCAGCUGCGCGUGCUAUCGACCUUCUCGUCGCAGCCAUGGCCGAGUCGAACUAUCGCCUUUCGCUGGAGGAGAAGAUCAGUAUCUUCCUUCCGUCAGGUACAGCUGUUAUGCAGUCGAUGUUGGUGAUGGCAUUCAACGACUCUGCGUCGCUCUGUUCCAGCGUUGAUCUCACGCAGCUGCAUGUGGCUCACCCUCGUAUCAGUACGAGGUGCUGUAAGGUGCUAGGGGUGCCAGGGAUUACUAGUAUUGUGACGGAAGAGUUAGAUGGCGGCGAGAAUCCGACUGAACUCCUGGCUAGUGACGAUAUCGCGCAUUUCAACAGCGUGUUGGCCUCGCAGCAGUUUGCUGACGGCUUGCGUAAGAUCAUCACGGCGCAACAGCAGAAGGCCUCAUCAUACGAUGCGUUUGGAUCCAUUCCCGAUUUUGAAGACCUCAACCAACGGAUCAUGAACUUGGCAACGUAUGAAGUCAAGUGUACGGCGGAGCUGCGCUCUCGCUUUAUUGCGAAAUUGGAUUUCCCUGCUCGUAGAAUUGAUGUGACCAAGACCGAGCGCCAGAGCAGCUUGUCGUUUUUGGACCAGACGAGAAGAAGAGUUUACAUCACAAAGCGGACACUCGAGGCGCGAUCUGAGAAGGGGAUGCGUGCGAGUCACUUGGUCGCUAGGUGCAUCAAUCAGUUGCUUGGAGGGGUGCUGCAGGACUGCUCCGUGCUGGAGUCUAUCUUAACAUGCGAUGAGAUGGAAAUCCCCGACGUACUGCAGGUGCUUGACAUCUACGAAGACCCCGUGUUGAUCGUGGAAAAGCUUCGUGGAGUGCUAGGCCAACCUUUAUGCGAAGCAGACUGUGCGAAUGUGGAGCUGGCGCCUUUGCGCUCUUGUCUGUCUGGAGAGUUCGUCGCUGUCGAAGAUGAAAGUGGAACGCUGUGUUACGCCAAAAUUUUAAGGGAACAACCCAGUGACGUAGCGGGUGUAUGCCGAUACGAAGUGAAGGUGAACAGUUCGUCUACACGAUGGAUACUAGCUACGCAAUUGUACUUCUUCCGCUCCGGUCGCGUGGGAAGCAGUGGAAGCAGUGCCACCGCUCAGAGUAAGAGACAAGCAGAGGAUGUUGCAACAAACCACUUGGAGAACGUCGCACUACCCGCAUCGGUCAUAGCGAUUGCUCCAGUAGCCCAAAGCGGCGAGAUUACUACUGGAUUUAUAAAUGCCAAUGCGCCCGCGGCGGCGGUGUCUUCUGCGAAUGUCUUAUCGGCUGUGAACGAUCUGCUGUCUCGCCUGAACGUGACGUUGGAUACGAGCGUCGAGGACCUGAUGGCGGAGAACGUUCGACUGCAGCGCCGUCUGGAGGUGGCCGAAGCUGGUCGCCGUGCAGCCGCGACGCAGAUCGACACGGUGAUCCGCGAGAAGAAGGAGGUGCAAGACUCGCUCGUGUGCGCAGUGUGUCUGGAAAACCAGGUGAACCGCGUGCUGAUUCCGUGUGGACAUAUAUACUGUGCAUCGUGCGUACAGCAGCUUCCGCGACCCUCGUGCCCGAUCUGCCGACAAAGCAUUGUCUCCAGCUCCGUGUUCCACGUCCCGUCCUAG